AUGUUUAUCAUACAGGCCAAUGAAAGUGUUCCUUGUAGUCCGUUCCCUGUUGUUCCUGGCCAUCAAAAGUCCGAGUUAUGUAAUCUGACGUUGGAAAACGGCUCCCCUUGGUUUUGUGGUCGCCCCAGCAAACGGGAACUCAAUUGUUCAGAUUAUAAAAGUAUCAGUUAUUCCAGACUGGACAUUGCUAUGCCAUCUGGUAAAUUGUUCACUAAAAUGAAUUUUCUCCAAUUAUGUUCUCCAACCUUGACAGCAAAGUCUGGUCUCACAAGACUACCAGACCCGAAUGUUCCCUGCAAUAAAGUGUCUCCAAGAUCUACCUGGCAUUUGUCGGAACCAACUGGAUACUUUUACCACAAAGUCUGGAAACCGUUUUUGUGUUUUGUCCCUGACAAGGUGGAGCAGCUUGAUGAGUCGUGUCUGAGGAAUGUUCAU